AUGGCUGUGAACUAUAUUCCAAGCAUUCCGAAACUAAAAGGACGCGAAAAUUAUGAUGAGUGGAGUUUUGCUGUCGAGAAUCUGUUGGUGCUAGACAACCUCGUGAACUACAUAAAGUCGGAGCCAGAGGCUAAUUUCCAGGCAAACGCAUCAGACGACGCAAAAACCAAGGCGAAGCUAGUUUUAACCAUUGAUCCUGGAUUGUACGUGCAUAUAAAGGAAACAAAAACAUCUUUGGAGUUAUGGACAAAACUGAGAAGCAUGUUCGAUGACUCAGGUUUUUCCCGUAAAAUAACCCUACUCAGACAUUUAAUCUCGUUACGGCAAGAAAAUUGUGAUUCUAUGACUUCAUACGUUACGCAAUUGGUCGAAACAGCUCAGAGAUUAAAAAACACAGGAUUUACAAUCACGGAAGAAUGGGUGGGAUCAUUAUUACUAGCAGGUUUGCCAGAAAAAUUCUCGCCGAUGAUUAUGGCCAUCGAGCAUUCGGGACUGCAGAUUACCACCGAUGCGAUAAAGUCGAAGUUGAUUGAUAUGGAGGUUUCAAAGAAUGAUGUGGAUUCCAGCGGCGCAGCAUUCGCUGCAAACAAUUUCAAAAAACAGAAAUUUAAAAAUGGCGCGAUGUCAUCCAGCAGAGUGACAGUAUUUUCUGAGAUACGCCACUUGGUGUUAGUGGCGACGAAGUAUGCAACAGGUGGAAUCUGCGACAGAGACUUGUUUUCAGCCAGUCACAAAUGCUCAAAUGCUCAAGCACUGUUUGGUUUUACGUUAGGAGAGUCUAAGUAG